CGAGGCAACGUCAGCAUUAGCUCAAGUUGUUGUCGUUGGAUGUUGCUAUGUUUAUGAGAAGAGAGAAAACGUAAUCAAUGUGGUUUAAUUUAUGAACAUGGAAGCCGGAAUCAUAGAUGCAGAAGCUUUUGAGUCUGGCUCAGAGGUGACCAAUGAAGAUAUCCCUAAAGCUUUGAACAUAGCCUUACCUAGCAGUACAGGUAUCAACGAUGGAAAUACUGAGGACCUACAAGAAGAUGACAACAAAUCAAAGAAGAGAUCAAAAUGGCCACUACUUUGUUGGUUUGACGGACUGGAUCUUCACAAGGAUAAGCAAGAAGUGGAAGAAACUGAAGAUCUAAGUGACGAUGAAAACAUUUUUGGUGUAUUGCCCGAAAUUCGUUUGUCUCAAGCAAGAGUUAAUGCGAUGAAGUUGUCUCGAUAUGGUAGCAGCAGCGAAGCAGUUGAUGAGAAGAUUAAAGCUAUUGCCCUUGUAAGGAUAAUAUAUGGUGACUGCAGUGUGCAGCUGUCCCGCGCUUAUGCUGAGCUAGCCGAGGGUUAUCUUAAGCUACGAAAGUUACCACUUCAAGCAAAAAAACAUGCAGAAAAUGCGCGGGAUAUAUUACUAGAGAUUGAAACAUUGAGAAAUGACGAAAACAGCGGUUCUGAAAACCGUGCCGAAACAGCAGCAGUUUUGGAACUGAUUUACUUUGUUUUGGGAAAAGCCAGCAAAAUGCUGAAACAUUACAAAAAAUCAGACAACUUCCUCCAAAAAUGUUACUUAGUUCAGACGAAAAAGGCAGAUGAAUGUGGAACAACCAUUGUAGAUACAUAUAAAAUGAUCGAGACGCUAACGUUACUAGGUGAAGUGUCAAGAUUACGUAAACAGAACGGGUUUGCCAUGGAAUGGUUUGAAAAAGCAAUUGAACUUGUGGAAACGAAGCUUGGGGGCGAAUCAGGGGAACUUAUUGCAUUGCACGAUCAAAUCGGAAAGACUGAAUUACAGCUGGGUAAACAUGCAAAUUUUGAACGGGUUUACGAGAGUUACGAAAAGGCUAGAAGCAUCGCAAGUUCGGUGUAUGGGAAAACGUCAGUGGAAUAUGCUAACUCGUGUGCGUCCCUCGCCAAGGCGUACCUUUUAGAAGGUGACAGGACGCAUUCUUCUUCGAUAGAAACCGCGUUGGAGGAGGCUAUCACUGUUUACACUUCGAUGAUUGGCCAAAAUCACAAGAAGACGAUUGACGCGGAAGAAAGUCUCUGUAGGCUUUAUUUGCAGGAGAGAAAAUUCAAAGAAGCUGAAGUUAAGAUCAGUAAUAUAAUCAAUGGGAAGAUGGAAAAGUAUGGCGAAAUCAGUGAGCAAGUUGCUGAUUCAUUGAAAAUGCUUGGCGGCUUGUAUUUAGCUCAGAAUAAGUUUAAAUUAGCCAUGGGAAAACUUUUGAAAUGCCAAGAAAUAUACAGAGUUGUUUUAGGUCCACAAAACAAGAAAACAAACAAUAUCGCAAAGGUUAUCGAGUCGGUAAAGAAAACCCCAGCUUCGAGCGAAUUGAAUUUACCAGAAGCCAAGCUAAAGGAUAGGCCACGAUUUAAUAACUCUGUUUCUGGGCCUAAGACGUCCGCUUUCACGAAAACAGUCUCGUACUGAAAUAAAGCACAGAGUUCUUUGGAUAUCUGUCAGAUUCAACGAGGGUGUCUCUAGUUUUGCCAGGAGUUGCAAUUUCGAGAAAAAAGAUUGGCUCAAUAACCUUCAUUUGAUGACAAAUUAAACAGUACUAAACAAAAAUCUACUACGUUAAGUUCUAUUUGACAAAACAUUUAACGUUUAUUCACGAAAUAUUUCCACAUUGAACAUGGGUGGAAUGGAACAGCUUUAUUUUAUCUUUGGAUUGCUUCUUCGGACACCAGAUCCAUAGGAUAUUCAUACAGAGCUUAACUGUCAUGAAACUUUGGACAUUGUAUUUAUAUAUAAAUCUAUUGUAUCAUGAAAUCAAAGAUAGGUCGAUGCCUUUCAUUUCAUGUUCAGUCAAGAAAUCGCUUUCUAUCAUAGCAAUCUAAAUACACGGCUUUAACAGUAAGAUAUAUCGAUUACGUGUAACCUUUGUUGUUUUGAAAUCGGUUUAAUGUUUCCCUUUACCUUAGAAGCAAUUUUAUUUCCAGUGAACCACGCAAAAAUACAAAUAAACCUCUUACACUUUGACGGGUAAAUCAUAGCUAAAUAAUUCAAAGGCAUUUAGGUUACCGAAAAAUUCUAUUUUCGAUGGGUGGGGAUCUAGAAAUACAUUGUCGAAUGUGCUUCGUAAAAGAUCUAAACAUCUCGUAAAAGAACUGAGCAAUCUUACCUAAAUGCCAAUUAAAUACUACUUCAAUGUUAACAUGUCCUACCUUUAAACAUUUCCUCUAAUUGGGUACGAUGCAUUUACAAACCACAUUAGCCAUGUAAAGCUAUAGGAAACCAACCAAAAUUCUAUUGGUAAUCGAGUCAAUAUUUCCUUUUUACGUUAAUUUGCAAAAUUGUUUAUCCCAAAACAAGUCGAGUUGUUUAUCUUAUUCUUAUAAACAAGAAGAAUUGAAACACUGGACAUUAGAUUUAAAUGUAAAACGAAUUUAAAGUGUCCUCUUUGAUUCAAUAUCGUUUAGAA